UGUCUUCUUGAAGAUGGAUACGCAAACCAGCCAUGUAUGUAACUUGCUAUAAAUUGGAAACUUCAGAGUAUUCGGCCUUUGUUCUUCCAGCAUGGGAUCGUUAGGUAACCUUCUUAAGAUGGACGCUGCUGGGAGGGCCAACGGACCAAAAUACGAGUGCUUGCUCUUUGACAUGGAUGAUACUCUGUACCCCUUGAUUUUGGGUCUCAACAUGGCUUGCCGAAGGAACAUUGAAGAGUUCAUGUUGCAUGAGCUACAUAUUGAGGAAAGUGAAGUUCCGAGAAUGUGCUUGGAAUUAUACAGGGAGCAUGGAACAACAAUGGCCGGUCUAAAGGCUCUUGGCUAUGAGUUUGAUAACGAUGAGUUUCAUGCUUUCGUUCAUGGAAGAUUGCCUUAUGAAACACUGAAGCCUGAUCCGGUGCUAAGGAACAUUCUACUUUCCGUCCCACAGCGUAAAAUAAUCUUCACAAAUGCUGAUAAGGCACAUGCAGCUGAGGUUCUCAAAAGGAUGGGUUUCGAAGAUUGUUUCGAAGGCGUCAUUUGCUUUGAAACCCUUAAUCCUCCUCUAGAAACUGCAAAUAACAUGGAUGCAUUAGAUAAUGAUACAAUGAUUGCACGAGGUGAUCCAGAGCCAAGUGACUUUGAUGGUACUACUGCCACUGGAAACAAAAAUAAAAUAAAAAAUAAUUUAGAUAAUGGUAUCAGCUCCAAGUCACGAAUCCUCUGUAAACCCUCUCUGGAGGCCAUUGAAGCAGCUAUUCAGAUUGCAAAUGUGGACCCAAGGAAGACAAUCUUCUUUGACGACAGUGCUCGAAACAUUGCAAGUGGGAAAGCGGCAGGACUUCAUACAGUUAUUGUAGGGAGCUCGGUCCUUGUACCAGGUGCAGACCAUGCCUUGAGAAGCAUCCACAAUAUCAAAGAAGCCAUGCCUGAAAUUUGGGAGGAUGAAGGAGAGGAAAAGGAGCAAGUUAUCCAGUCCACCACAGUCGAAACAAUGAUCCUUGCUUAGGUUUUCCUUUCAGCUGCCUCACAUUUACGUACACAUUAAACCUGGUUAUUUAUGGCAAAGUAACCUAAUGGCCAAAGGAGGAGAAGGAAAUAAAGUACUGAUGGUAUAUUCAGUCUUCGUGUAAAAAAUCUCUACCGUGGAAGUAAAAGCUCAUUGUAUUUGGUAUGGGCAUGUAGCGUCAUACUCUAUAUAAAAUUUCAUUUAGCUAAUCUGAAACAGUUGGAGUAAGAUG